AUGGCAUCUCAAAAUCCAUUCAACAGGAUAUUGAAGACGUUACAGAAGCCCAGUGAUGGCGGUGAAUUCGGAAAGUACUACAGUUUGCCAGCUCUCAACGAUUCCAGAAUCGAUGCGCUUCCUUACUCGAUUAGGAUACUUUUGGAAUCUGCGAUUCGUAACUGUGAUGAGUUUCAAGUUAAGGCUGAUGAUGUGGAGAAAAUUAUCGAUUGGAAGAAUACAUCUCCUAAACAGGUGGAAAUUCCGUUCAAGCCUGCUAGAGUGCUCUUGCAGGAUUUUACUGGAGUGCCUGCUGUUGUUGACCUUGCCUGUAUGAGGGAUGCAAUGAACAGGCUUGGUGGUGAUUCGAAUAAAAUUAAUCCAUUGGUACCGGUGGAUCUUGUCAUUGAUCACUCUGUUCAGGUGGAUGUAGCGCGGUCAGAAAAUGCUGUUCAGGCAAAUAUGGAACUUGAAUUUCAGAGGAACAAGGAGAGAUUCGGUUUCCUCAAAUGGGGUUCAAAUGCUUUCAAUAACAUGCUUGUUGUUCCUCCUGGAUCAGGAAUUGUCCAUCAGGUUAAUUUAGAAUACCUUGGUAGAGUUGUGUUCAACACAAAUGGUGUGCUUUAUCCUGACAGUGUUGUUGGAACUGAUUCACACACAACUAUGAUAGAUGGUUUGGGUGUUGCUGGGUGGGGAGUUGGUGGAAUUGAAGCUGAAGCUGCAAUGCUUGGGCAGCCCAUGAGCAUGGUCCUACCGGGUGUGGUUGGGUUCAAAUUAUUAGGAAAACUGCGAAGUGGUGUCACAGCUACUGACUUGGUGUUGACUGUUACUCAAAUGCUAAGAAAGCAUGGGGUUGUUGGCAAGUUUGUGGAGUUUUAUGGGCAAGGCAUGAGUGAACUGCCUUUGGCAGAUCGUGCCACCAUUGCAAACAUGUCUCCUGAGUAUGGUGCAACAAUGGGAUUCUUUCCUGUGGAUCAUGUCACUUUGCAAUAUUUGAAACUGACUGGCAGGAGCGAUGAAACUGUUGCUAUGAUAGAAUCCUAUUUACGAGCUAAUAAGAUGUUUGUGGACUAUAGUGAGCCCCAAGUGGAGAGAGUGUACUCAUCCUAUUUGGAGCUGAAUCUUGAGGAUGUUGAACCAUGUGUCUCAGGUCCAAAAAGGCCUCAUGAUCGUGUUACUUUGAAAGAAAUGAAGGCAGAUUGGCAUGCCUGCCUCAACAAUAAAGUUGGGUUCAAGGGUUUUGCUGUACAAAAGGAAGCUCAGACAAAAGCUGCAGAGUUCACAUUCCGUGAAACACCAGCAAAACUUAGGCAUGGGGAUCAUGCGAUUUUGGGAUUGGAGGUGAAGCCAUGGAUCAAAACUAGUCUUGCUCCAGGUUCUGGUGUGGUUACCAAGUAUUUGCAGAGGAGUGGCUUGCAGAAGUAUUUGAAUCAGCUAGGGUUUAACAUAGUUGGGUAUGGAUGCACCACGUGCAUUGGAAAUUCAGGGGAUAUUGAUGAAGCUGUUGCAGCUGCAAUUACCGAAAAUGAUAUAGUAGCUGCAGCUGUAUUGUCUGGAAAUAGGAACUUUGAGGGCCGAGUUCAUCCAUUAACAAGGGCUAAUUAUCUAGCUUCUCCACCCCUCGUUGUUGCCUAUGCUCUUGCUGGAACAGUUGACAUUGACUUUGAUACCGAGCCGAUUGGGAUAGCAAAGGAUGGAAAACAGAUCUUCUUCAGGGAUAUUUGGCCAUCUAGUGAAGAAAUAGCAGAUGUUGUGCAAUCGAGUGUGCUGCCUGAUAUGUUUAGGGAAACAUACAAUGCUAUUACCAAAGGCAACCCCAUGUGGAAUGGUUUAUCUGUUCCAUCUGGCAAUCUUUAUGCCUGGGACUCCACAUCAACUUAUAUUCACGAGCCACCUUACUUUAAAGACAUGAGCAUGUCUCCCCCAGGUUCCCAUGGAGUGAAGGAUGCUUAUUGUUUGCUAAACUUUGGAGACAGUAUUACGACUGACCACAUCUCGCCAGCCGGCAGCAUACAUAAGGAUAGUCCUGCAGCCAGAUACCUUACAGAACGUGGGGUUGAUAGACGAGACUUCAACUCCUAUGGAAGUCGCCGUGGUAACGAUGAGGUGAUGGCAAGGGGAACUUUUGCCAAUAUUCGCAUUGUCAACAAAUUCCUGAGUGGAGAAGUUGGGCCUAAAACUGUACAUAUUCCUUCUGGGGAGAAGUUAUCAGUCUUUGAUGCUGCAACGAAAUACAAGAGUGAGGGACAUGGUAUGAUUAUUUUAGCCGGUGCUGAGUAUGGGAGUGGAAGUUCUCGUGAUUGGGCUGCAAAGGGACCAAUGCUACUGGGCGUGAAAGCUGUUAUAGCAAAAAGCUUUGAAAGGAUUCACCGUAGUAAUUUGGUGGGAAUGGGUAUAAUUCCUCUAUGUUUCAAGACUGGUGAGGAUGCGGAGACUCUGGGAUUGACGGGUCACGAGCGUUACACCAUUGAUCUUCCAAGCAGUGUGAGUGAAAUUCGACCUGGUCAAGAUAUCACAGUGGUGACAGAUAAUGGGAAGACAUUUUCAUGUACCCUGAGAUUUGAUACAGAGGUUGAACUUGCUUACUUCAGUCAUGGAGGCAUCCUACAAUACGCCAUCAGGAACUUGAUCAAUGCUAAAAAUUGA